GUUUUGCGCGUUGGCAUCACUGUUCGCGCUUCGUGGAAGCUUCCGGCGAAGACGCGCUGUGUUUUCGAGGACGACUGUAUCGGUUACGCACUGAAAGUUGUAAUCGUCAAAUUGGGAAGGCGGUUACGACAAUGAUUGCAAGAAGGCCUAUACUGAACAUCUUAUCUCGCCUACUGUCCACAGUUCCAAAAACCAUGGAAAAAAACGGUGUUGUUCCUGAUGUAAUUGACACAGCUCCAAGCGCAAAACUUGAGGUGUCUUAUGGAUCGGAAAAGGUUGAUGAUGGGAAUGAACUGACACCAACGAAGGUGAAGGAUCCACCCACUGUCAACUGGGGUGCUGAUGAUGGCUCCUACUAUCUACUGUGCAUGACAGAUCCUGAUGCUCCGAGCCGCAAGGACCCGAAGUUUCGAGAAUGGCAUCACUGGCUGGUAGGAAAUAUUCCUGGCAACGAUGUGUCGCAGGGUGAAACUCUUUCUGAGUACGUGGGUUCUGGGCCUCCGAAGGGCACAGGUCUCCAUCGCUACGUCUUUCUGGUAUACAAGCAGCCUGGAAAAAUUACGUAUGACGAGCCCCGUCUGACCAACAGAUCGGGAGAUAACCGAGGAAAGUUCUCCGUCAGGGACUUUGCCAAAAAACACAAUUUGGGAAAUCCCAUUGCUGGUAACUUCUACCAGGCUCAGUGGGACGAUUACGUCCCCAAACUUUACGAACAGCUCGAUGGCAAGUAAACAAGCUCAAGACUGCAGAAGCCAGAAUAUAUAUUCGUCUUUCAAAAUGACAUUGCCAGGUGGCAGCCAUAUCUGUAUAUUGUAAAUUAACGCAGUUGGUGUCGAAUUAUCUUUAGACGCUGGUUUUGAAUUUGGGAAACUUUAAUUUCUUUCUUUGUACACUGUUUUGUCAGCACAUGUAAAGUGCACAUUUUCUGUACAAUAAAGGUUGCAAGCAACAUAACA